AUGGGAACCCUCUUUUGUCCACUUUUACCAUUCAACAUAGCCGUCGCACUUCGCAACCGUUUUUCUUACUUUAACCACUUUUCCACCUCCAUAUCUUUGUCUCCAAGUUCUCAGCAAUUGAUCCACGUUAAAUCCGACAAUGAGAUUGCUUUCUGUAUCUCUUCCGCCUUGCAAAAGUGCACCAGUCUCGGUUCUCUCAAGAAAAUCCAUGCAAAGAUCUUUGCCUUUGGCCUGCAAGAUGACGCACAUUUAUCAACAAAAUCAUCCCUUUUGUACAUCUCAUUCAAUAGCGUUGAUGAUGCAAAUGUUUUAUUCGAAUCUAUACCACAUCCGAGUUGUUACCUGUGGAAUAUUAUAAUAAAGGGUUAUGCCACUGAAGGCCAAUUUGGCCGAGCAUUAGGAUCAUAUGUCAAUAUGAUGGAAAAGGGUCUAACACCAGACAAGUACACUUUCCCUUUUGCUCUCAAAUCUUGCGCUAGAUUAGCAGAUUUGCAAAUUGGAAAGUUAGUUCACCAGCAUUCGGUGUGUUGUGGAUGUGGCAGUGAUGUUUUUGUUGAGGCUGCCUUGGUUGAUAUGUAUGUAAAGUGCGGUGACAUAAAUUCUGCUCGGUUGAUGUUUGAUAAAAUGGAAAAGAGAGAUUUGGUAUGUUGGACUUCUAUGAUUUCUGGUUAUGCACACAACGGUUAUAACGACGAGACUAUGGAGUUCUUUGAUAUGAUGCGUGGUUCAGGUAUUAAAGCCAAUAGGGUAGGUAUAUUGAGCGUACUUUUAGCUAGUGGUAAUUUGGGAGCUUUGAGAAAAGGAGAAGAGUUCCAUACUUAUGUUGUCAAAACUGGGUUCGAGUCUGAUAUCUUGGUUGCAACUGCUGUAAUGGAUAUGUAUGCAAAGUGUGGGAAUAUAGGUUUGUCGCGAAGAUUGUUUGAUGCAACCGAAGGAAAAGAUGUAGUUUGUUGGAGCGCGAUGAUUGCUUGUUAUGGAAUCCAUGGCCAUGGGCAGAAGGCGAUUAAUCUUUUUAACGAAAUGAUUAAAGAAGGCUUGAGGCCUAACCAUGUAACAUUCACUUGUGUUCUCUCAGCUUGUAGCCAUUCGGGGUUACUUGAAGAAGGGAAGAAGUAUUUUCAAUUGAUGAGAAGAGAGUUGCGGAUUGCACCAAAACUAAGUAAUUAUGCAUGUAUGGUGGAUCUUCUUGGUCGUGCAGGAGAACUUUCUGAAGCAGAAGAGCUCAUAGAAUCUAUGCCAGUGAGACCUGAUACAAGUAUAUGGGGGUCUUUGCUCGGAGCAUGCCGAGUUCAUAGUAAUCUAGAUUUAGCUGAAAGAAUUGCAGAUCAUAUUUUUCAGCUGGACCCCUUUCAUGCUGGCUAUCAUGUCCUACUCUCCAACAUUUAUGCUGCCAAAUCUAGGUGGAAUGAUGUCGAGAAGGUUAGGAUGAUGAUGACUAGAAGAGGUGCCAAUAAAGUUCAGGGAAUCAGUUUGAUAGAGCUAAACAAUCUGGUUCACAAAUUCGGAGUUGGCGAUAGAUCACAUCCUCAAUCAGAGAAGAUUUAUGCUCUCCUUGAGGAGUUGGCGGGUCCAAUGAAACGCCUGGGUUAUGUCCCCUUGACAGAUUUUGUUCUUCAUGACAUUGAAGAUGAGGCAAAAGAAGUGGCACUUUCCUACCAUAGUGAGAGGCUGGCAAUUGCAUUUGGUCUCAUCAAUACUAGUCCAGGGACUACUCUUCGAAUUACAAAGAAUCUAAGGAUCUGUGGAGACUGUCAUAAUGCGAUUAAGUUCAUCUCAAGGAUUGUGAAUCGAGUCAUCAUUGUCAGGGACAUGCACCGGUUUCACCAUUUUGAAAAUGGAGUUUGUUCUUGUGGUGACUACUGGUAAGAGAUUAUGUGCUUUUUGACAGUUGAAGAGACAAAGAUGGUUGUUCAUGUAGCUUUGGGUUUCAUCCCUGCUCCUCGGCGGCCUUGGGAACAAUAAAUCCUUAUGCAAGAAAAGAAAAUUAAAGCCACAACCUAAUGGGAAUUCUGAUCAAGAUACAGAAGCAUCUUGAGUAAAGAUUUUAUGGCCGCCGGAUAGUGGCAAAGCAAAAGCAGAGAAGUAAUAACCAUGAGUGGAUAAUUACUGGAAUUCAUGAUUUUUUUUUUUGCCAAACUUCCUGCUAAAUUUGCAAAGUUAAGCAGCCUGCUACUUAGACCUGCUGC